UGGAUGGAUGCUAGUCCUGGAUGGAUAGUCCUUUGAACAGACAUGAAAGUUUUAGCUCGUAUAUAUAUAUGGUUCAUGCGUUUUAAGGUAGAAGAAUAAAUGCUACACAAUUCUUUUCAGGCAGUAUGAGGACAGCCAUAAUUUACUCUAUUUGGGUCCUUAAGCGGGCUCCUCUCCUGCACACACUGCAAUGGCGGAUUACGAUACCUACGAUGACCGAGAUCGGGCUUACGGCAGUUUUGGAGGAGGGAGAGGAAGACCCCGAGGUGGCGGCGGCUCAGGAGGCCCCCGCAAGCAGAAGGAGCUGCCCUCCGAGGCGCCUUACACCGCGUACGUGGGAAACCUGCCUUUCAACACCGUGCAGGGUGACAUCGACGUCAUCUUCAAAGACCUCAGCGUCAGAAGCGUCCGACUGGUUAGGGAUAAAGAAACGGACAAGUUCAAAGGUUUUUGCUACGUGGAGUUUGACGACCUGGAAUCCCUGAAGGAAGCCUUGACGUAUGACGGCGCCCUCCUGGGAGACCGGACGCUGCGUGUGGACAUCGCGGAGGGCCGCCGGCAAGAGAAAGGCGGCGGGGGCUUCGGCUUCCGGAAACAGGACGAUAGAGGCUCUCGCGGCCCCAGAGGAGGGGGACGGGAUUCCCGAGAUGACUUCGACCAAUCAGCAGGUUUUAGAGACGACGACUUCAUGGGUGGGCGGAGUCGAGGGGGCGGUCGUCCUGGUGACAGGAGGGGCCCCGGUUCCGGAGGGAUGGGUCGCUACAGAGACGGACCUCCUCGCGGCGGUUCUGCGGACUUCAGGGAACCUUCUGAAGAGGAACGAGCCCAGAGGCCGCGGCUACAGCUGAAGCCUCGCACCGUGGACGCCCCCCUGAACCAGGUCGCCAACCCCCACUCCGCCAUAUUCGGCGGCGCCAAGCCGCGGGAAGAAGUCAUAGUCAAAGAGAAAGACUGAGCUGGACUUUGGACGGGCCCCCUUCCACCUGGGGGGGGGGCGUCGUAAGAGGAGGGCAUGGGACUGUAGUGAACUUUUACAUGCCAAUGGGGAAGAUGCCGUCACCACGGUUACGGUUCCCACCAGUUAGAUGAGCCAUGACCCUCCUCCCUGCCACCUGAGCAAGAUUAUAUAUAUUCAGCUGCAAGUAAACAGAGACACACAGACACACGCAGACAAACACGCGCACACACGCAAACACGCUCUCAGAUCAAGCAGCUCGUGAAUGCAUGUCAGCCGUUUAAAAAGUGGUUUUUAUUGUACACCUCUGCUUUCCUGUUCUUCGUGCCUGCUUUGUACAGUAGCUCUCUCUCUCUCUCUCACUUGCUCCCUCCCUCCUUUGGAUGGACAGAUUAGUGUCAGCCACUGGACAGUAAACGAAAGUCGGUUGCUUGAAAUUUUAAAGGGGGACCCACUGCAGUUCACCUCCAAAGUUUGCCCCUAAAAACAACAGACUGAGCUGUAUGUUCUGACUGUUUUUUUUAUGUUUGUUUCUGCAGUCUGGCUCUCGCCACUCUGCGCCACGUCUGAACACAAAGCUUUGAAUCUCCAGGUGUCGCAGUCACACCAUCAAAACAAUGCAUGUAAUUUGUGCACUUUUUGUUCUAUUGUUAUUUUUCUUUCCUCUGCUUGCGGUCUUGCAGCCAGACUAAAACAGCUCACUGUCUAAGAUGGGAGUAUCCGCUGUCUCCUGGAAUAUCCAGUUUGUGGAUAUGCUGUCCUUAGUCCUGGAGAUUCACUUGUUUUUAAUUCGUAGUGAUUUUUUUUGUUCUCUGAAGAACUAAUAAAUGCAUAUUGUUGCAUUAUUCGGGGAAUCUAGGUUCAGUCCGCUGACUCUGUGCAUCGAUCUAUCAAAGGUUCCAUCAGGGUGGUGGUCAUUUCUCCUACAUGGUGCAUGUCUUCUACAUCCAGGGUUUCACACCUUGUUUCCAGUAUUGAUUUCUGUUGCUUUUGGCUGAGGCUCCUGCUUUUUCCAAAGGUGACGUUUCCCCUGUUAAAUACGCACCAGCUAUCUAUGUUCAUUCUUUUACAGUGCAGGAGACUGAUGACCUCCCUCACCGCCCCACGUAAAUCCGAAAUGACACUUAAAUGGCCAGCAGCCGAUCUUUGGCUUCUCUUCACCUGUAAUUACAAAGGGUCUUCACCCCCAGUCGAUUUAUUUGACCUGCAUCCAGUCUGUACCUUCCUGCAAUGACGACGUGACGUGACAGCCAGUCUAAGGGGGCUUGACUUCCUGCACAGCAGGUUUGAGUUUCGUGUGACGGCAACGUCUGCAGUCAUCCGCAGAUUUGUGUUAUUCUCCAUAAGUGGCAGUGGCGAUGUGAUUCGUGGCAUCCAGUCCUUCUAAACUCAGUAAAAUGUACUGACUUUAUCAUAUAUAAAGCUUAUGGAAGGUUACCAAAAAGCAGCAUUACAUUUUAGCCAUCCUCUACUGAGUAAACAACAAAUGGCCAUAGUCUGCUUAGAUCCAGGAAGCCUGAGAAUAUGUAUCACAGACAUUAACGUUUUAAGAAACUUAGCUAAGUGUUCGGUGUGGUUGUUCUUGUAGGAACCUUCGUUUUCCCCUAAAUUGUUAUUGCAAUAAGAUGUGAUCUUAUUGAUGUUCGUCAAAAUCUAGUUUUUGACCAGGUAUGGAGGUAGAUGGUAGGCGUACAUUGACCUUCAGGUCUUACAAAGCAAGCACUUAACAAUGUGUGCCCCCACUUAGUGACGUUACGUAAUUGUAAGUCAGUCUCUGAAGUUGCUUCUAGUGCCUUGAAUGAGGUGGCGUGCACCUAAGACUUGACGCCCGUUUUUUUUUUUUUUCUUCCUGUGAAGUUCGGAAAUUGACGUGUCUCUGAUGUGACCGCUUUCGGACUACAAACCAGGAAAGCUUUACGUAAACUCGAUGCACCCCGCGGUGACUAACCAGAGCGUAGCUGUUAAACUUAAUACCGGAAAUUUGCAAUGUUUCUCCAUUGGCUUUACCUCCAAAUCGCUCAGUUGCUGCUAGCUUUCAAAAAAACAAAAAAAAGCUUGUCAUGUAUUCAUAACAUGGUGCUUUGUUACUGGUGUCGCUCUGACGAGGCUGAACUGCAUGAUAAAUUCGGGGGAGCAGGUUCUAGAUUGCAAUCAGACAAGCCUCUCACCUUCACUGCUCAGAACUGGAAGGACCCAGGAGCAAAAGAUUGUGUCUGUUUUCGCCCAGGUUGUUGCGAUUGGCUUAUGUAGCAUGUCAGCUGCCCUAUUUGUAUGAUUAGAAACGCAGCAAUUUCAUCCUGCAUCAAUAAGAACAAUUUGGUAGGUAGAUCUUGCAGUCUGUUAGUUGUUCCGCCAGCCCAAACUCCCCCUGAAUGUUUGAAGGUGUGUAUUGGCAGCCAGAGUGGAUUCUUUAUGUAGUAUUUCUGUUUGCCGACCCCCAGGUUCGCAAUUUUUGUUUUUAUCAGCAGGUUGAGCUUUUACAUGAGAAUCUCAUCAACUGAGAUUUUGCUUUAUAAGAAACAUUUAAAGAGGAAAUAGAAAAAGAAAAAAAUGUUUGCUAUUUUGUGAAUCCUGAAUGAGUUACAUAACCAAUGUUUUCUUUGUUGCUGUUCUAAGCAAAAUUGCUAAUGUGUUUGGUUUAACUUGCCAAAUUCUCCUUUGUUAAUUUUUCUUUAAUAUGUCAUCUCUCUACUUUGUAUCCAUUUGUAAAAUUUAAAACUGCUUUGUAGUCCUUGUAAAUUCUUGAAGUGAUUUGAUCAUGUAUGUGGACAGUCGGUGGAGUAGAUAGGCGUUUACUGGGUGUCCUACAUACAUGUAUGCUAAAGUUUUGCACAGCUGGAUGUGAAACAGGGUAUGUGCUAUGAAAGUUUGCCUUUUCAAACCUAUGUAAUGUGUGAAGGAGGACUGAAACUGGUUUUAAAGUCUAGAGCAUGAUGAAUUCAGUAAUUGUAUAGUCCGUACACAUUUAGUUUCUAUCAGAUUGAUAGUCUUGUUUUUAAGAACAAAAAUUCUGAUAAUUCUCGAGUCUUAAAACUACUGUGUUGAUUACAUGGAAUAUGUCAAUAAAUCUUGGCUCUGUACUCUUAAA